AGCAGCCUGCAGUGGGAGGAGGCAGUCAGGAGUAUCUGGGGUCUUUGCCAAGGCGGCAGGGCAGAGUUUGAAUCGCUGUGGCGCACAGUGACAUAAUACUUUAGUGUUUUCACGGCGGCGGACAGUCGCUGAAAAGUUACCACCCAUUAAAACCUGUUCCUGACAGAGGAAAUAAAACACUUGGAGCGAUGCGUAAAAUCAGUUUUGUCCGGAUGCGCACGGUUUGACCCACAAGCUGCGACUUCUGAAGUUUCGGAGAUGGCCUGAACUUUUUUUUUUUCUCUUAACUCUUCUUUUCUGCACCCUGCGGUUUUAGGAGCAGUAGGAGGACUCGGAGCAUGCUGCGCGUAGAAACGAGCUCGGGUUGAUCCCAGUCUGGAUUUCCCUGCUUUGUUUUCCUCUGUGGCCGGGCCAGGGAGGAGAUGAGAGCUCAGGAUGGGACUGUGCCUCGGUACCGAAGUUACAGAGGAGGAGAAGAAGGCGAGGAUACACAGUGCCAAGAUAGACAGAGACCUGUACGAGUUCGCCAAACGGGACAUGAAUGUGGUUAAAAUACUCCUACUAGGUGCAGCAGAGAGCGGUAAAAGCACUUUGGUCAAACAGAUGAAGAUCAUCCACAGCAAUGGUUUCACCAAGCAAGAGCUCACCAGCUUCAAGCCUGCAGUGCUGGAUAAUCUCCUGACCUCCAUGAAGUUUGUCCUCCACGGUAUGGGCGUCCUCCGCAUCAACCUGGCAAACAGCAGGAACAAGGUCCACGCCCAUUCUGUCCUAUCAUGCGGGCGAUGUUUUGACGAAGAACAGGUGCUGUUUCCUUUCCUGAGCCAUGCCCUGUCCUGUCUGUGGGCCGACCAGGGGGUGAGGGCCGCAGCAGCCCGGGGAUACGAGUAUGAGCUCAAUGACUCAGCGCUGUAUUUCUUCGAGAACAUGCCUCGCAUCACGUCUCCAGACUACGUGCCCACAGAGACAGAUGUUCUGCGAGUACGACUGAGGACAACAGGCGUGAUAGAGACCCAGUUCAAAGUCAACCAUCUUAUUUUCAGGAUGUACGACGUUGGAGGCCAGCGAACUGAGCGGAGGAAGUGGAUUGGAUGUUUUGAGGAUGUCAGGGCGGUGCUUUUCGUGGUGUCACUCAGCGGUUACGACAUGACCUUGGUGGAAGACCCCUCUAUGAAUCGUCUGCAGGAGAGCAUGAAACUCUUCUCCUCCAUCUGCAACAACGUCUUCUUCCGCAGCACAUCCAUGAUUUUAUUCAUGAACAAGAUAGACCUCUUUCAAGACAAGAUUCUACACUCUGGGCGACAUCUGCGGUUAUACCUGCCACAGUUUAAAGGCGCAGACUGUGAUGUGGAUUCAGCCGCCCGCUUCAUCGCCGCCACCUUCGUCUCACUCAACGCCACGCCCAGCAAACUCAUCUACCACCACUUCACCACGGCGACCGACACCUCUAACAUCCAGGUGGUCUUCCAGGUUGUUAUGGACACAAUAAUCAAAGAGAACCUGGAGGCAGUGUCACUCCUGUAGACCUUGCUGAAGAGUCGGUCGGUGCCUGUCGACCUUUGGAUGUGACACAACAGACACUUUUUUAAAAAAAGACUAAAAUAGCCAAAAAGGCAUCGAAUAGAACAUGAAGAUCAUCUCAUCCAAACACGUUGUCUGUUUUCUCUCAUAUAAGGUGCAGCCUGGGAGCUCUGAUGCCAUUUUCUACUGUUGCAUUUCAUCCUCUGUGAUGCUGCUUGUCUAUAAACACUGCAACACUUGAUUUCAUGUAGCUUUGGGAAGAAAAAAAAACAUUGAAGGAGAAGGACCUCUUGGCUAAUCCUUCGUCUUUCGGGUUGAGCCCUAAAUUUUGAAAUUCUUAUAUUGAGAAUGAUGGGCAUUUAUAUUUUUGUACUGUACCAUAAAACCCACAUCAGACUAUGAACAGUGAGGUUUCUUUUUUGAAGGCUUGACAUACAAUGAUGCCAUUUAUUUGUCUCCUCUUUUGUGUGUGUGGGCAGGACACAGAGGGAGUGAGGAUUUACUGUUUGUCCGUUAGUUCCUCUGUGCAGGGUUCACUCAUGCAUACCAUCGCAUGUUUUCCGCUCAUCCAUCACGGUGUCUCCGCUGUGCACAUCCUGUGCGUCACACCCUCCUAAUGAGCCGGUGAUCACUGUAAAAGCACCCCACUCUGUGUUUACUUGUCACCUACACUCCGUUCAUUUUAAUCUGCGCCUUCACUUGUUCCCCUGACUCUCACCAGUCAGUGAUGACACUGGAAACCUGCAAUAACCAGUUAAAAAUGGGAAAAGUGUAUGUAAAGAAACCGACAAAUAAUAUCCAUGAAGCCUCGGACCUAUUUUAAUUUCCUUUCUUUCACCUCUGAUGAUUCUUGUUCAAUAUCUGACACACACAUGCUCAUAAACCCUGAUUUGUCAACAAGGAUGAUGUGUCAUAUGUGAUUUGUGUGGCAUUAACUCUGCUGGGGUUUGUCUGUUUUGGAAGCUCGCCUGAGCGACUUGCUGUGGUAUCACACCAGCACCUGUCUGACUCCAAUAAUAAACAUUUUAUGGUAAUGACUGAUAUGGUUACUCAAAGUGAGAGAAAAGAGAAAAACACCCCCAAGUGCCUUAUGAUGAAGCCGUUUAGCUGCCGUGUAAUUUACAUUUCAUAUGCAUAUGUCUUAAUGUGUUUUUUUUCUUCAGUUUUUUUCCCACUCUCAGUAAAAUUCUUGAUAUUUGAUACAACUGCUGUUUAAGUCUUAUAGAUCAUGUUCACAGACUGUUAUUUUAUUGUUUUAUACUGUGUAUUGUACUGAAGCUACAAUACAAAAUAAAUGUGAGAGGCUGCCAACCUUA